GCCGAUCUACGACAACACAGGAAGAUGAAUGUGGGCGUAGCUCACAGCGAGGUGAACCCCAACACGCGGGUGAUGAACAGCAGAGGGAUCUGGCUCACCUACCUGCUGCUCACAGUGGUGCUGCACAUCGUCCUGCUCAGCAUCCCUUUCUUCACCGUGCCGCUCGUCUGGACGCUGACCAACGUCAUCCACAACAUGGUCAUGUACCUGUUUCUGCACACAGUGAAGGGGACGCCCUUUGAAACGCCAGACCAGGGCAAAGCCCGUCUGCUCACGCACUGGGAACAGAUGGACUACGGUGUCCAGUUCACAUCGUCACGUAAAUUCCUCACCAUCUCGCCCAUCGUACUGUACAUUCUCGCCAGUUUCUACACAAAAUACGACCCCACGCAUUUCGUCAUCAACACAUGCUCCCUCCUCAGCGUCCUCCUUCCAAAGCUGCCUCAGUUUCACGGAGUACGGAUAUUUGGGAUCAACAAAUACUGAAGGAACUGAGCGGAAUACUGGAUUUUAAAGACCAACCUGGACUCUUAGUUUUUCUGUUUUCUGCUGAACUGUUUUAUUUUCAAGGUUGAUGAGAUGGAAAUCAAUUUGUUCUCCCUGCACGGACUCAGUGGACACUCAUGUCGAAGUUACUCCUCCAGCUGCGUUUCGCAGCCUGGAAAAGGUGAACGCACUGCUGCUGUUACGGCAAAGUAAAUGUCUUCUUUACUAUUGUUCCUGAUGUAAAAACCAGACGAUUAGUUCUCGUUUUGGAGAAAAAGCAACUGCAACGUUUAAUUAUUCUCUCCGACAUAAUUUUCUUUGUUACAAACUGCACUGGCUGCAAGUCUGCAAAGCUGAUUUUCUUGCUUUUUCUCUUAAUUUACUAUGAAGGAAUUACAUGCAGCAUGCAACAACACUGCAAUAAACCCCUGUCACGA